AUGCCCUCCUCAGCGGUGCAUUCGGUAGACCACGCCUUCCACACUCCCAACCGCCCCUCCGCCCAAAACCCCAACAGCACGCCCACCCCCCGCCUCUCCCCCAUACUCAACUACAAGAACCCUGUGGUUUCCCCAAUUGAUCCGGCACAGCCAGAAUUUGCAGAGCUCCUCACGCCACUCAAAUUCAGAAGGCGCAAGCUCCGCCCUCGCGCAGAUCAACAGCCGACUUCGAUCCCUCCUGUCGCCGGGCCUUCCCGCUUAGGGUACUAUACUCUAGAGGGCGACUUAUACCGAGGGGCAGCACGAGAUCCCACCCAGCCCGAAGCUCCGCCAGUCGAAGAUGAUGCUGUCUCGCUUGGUACUGCGAGUAUCGCGAGCUCGAGCUCGACAUGGUCAUGGGGCUCUGGCAACUUUGAUCGUGCCCUAGCAGUCAUUGAGAGAGUGGGAGAGGCGCUGGGUGUGAGGAGGGGAAGCACGUCGUCGUCAUCGUCGAGCUCGAGUAACUCUGAGAGCGAGGACGACAAUCGGUCCCAGGUGACAAGGCGCAGGAGAAGGCGGCGAGGCAGCACCCGGCUCAGCAGGACUGUAUCCAACUUGAGCCGGACGACCUCCCACAGCCCAGAACGUCCAAAGCGUGAACAAGUACCCAAGAAACGACAAUUCACCCUCCUCCUUCCGCCAAACCCCAAAGACGCCGAUAUCACCAGCGCCGCCUCCUCCGUCAAGGACGCGAUAACGCUGGCGGGGAGCGAUAAGAGCCCCAAGCUGUCAGGCGAGCUGAAAUACCCACCAGACCGGGUUGUGACGACACCCUCUCUCCCUUCUGUCCUCGACCAUAUUCGCAAUGUCCGUCUCUCCAACGGCCUUGCGCCUCUUGAAGGGACGCCGCCCGCCACACCUGGGCUUGGUCCGAAAGUCCCUGUACGUCGAGGUGGAUCUGCCCCUGGGCACACUCGCGCGCCAAAACGGGCUCCAGCAUUUGUCAACCCGCCUCUUCCUGCUCGUACACAGUCUAGACUGCACGCUCUUCGGGGCGCUGACACCCCACCCGUUCGACCAAAGUCUGUAUCAGAUCUGCUUGGUAUGAGCCGUCCCGGAUCGCCGACGGGUGGACUUGCGUCUCCGGCGCCUACCGCGGCAGGAACGCCGAUGGUGGAGAGAGAUUUGUCCGGGCUCAAGGCGAAGGCGAAGCAGAAUGGGUGUUGGUGGUUGGACGUUUCGUGUCCGACUUGGGAAGAUCUGAGGGAUAUUGGAGAGUUACUCGGCCUCCAUCCUCUUACUCUCGAAGAUGUGCUUCAUCAAGAUCCCCGCGAAAAACUAGACACCUUCGACAAGCUCGGCUACUAUCUCAUCGCCAUCCGAGCUCUGGACGAAAGCUACUUUAAAUACACCCCCGGCUCUUCAGUACCCCAACCCACCACGACCAAAGUCUCUGAGAAACCCAUGUCUCCCGAAGAAAAGACUUUCAAUGAGAAGGCUACCGCUGAGGAGAGGCUUGCUACGCCCGAUAUGGAGGAUUUAGAGCUUAAGAAAGAAGGAAGGAGACGAGGAUGGGGUAUGGGUAGAGCACAGGGAAAGAUGGUGAGCAAGACUGGGGAGAAGGUGGAGAUCAUCGAAGAUCGACCGGGAAAAGAAGGUCUUGAGGGUGUUGGUGUGGGUGCGGUGAACGUGUACUUGGUGGUUCUCGCCGAUGGGAUCGUCAGCUUCCACUACGAUGACAUCUCAAAGCACACUCGCCGUGUCCUCGACCGCGUCCUGACCCUUCACAACCCCACUCACGGCGCCGACUGGAUCGCCCACGGUCUCAUCGACUCGAUCAUCGACGCCUUCUUCCCUCUCAUCCGAUAUGUGGAUGGCGCCGUGGACGAUAUCGAUUCAUUGACGAUUGAUCCAACGACCGACCCGCGGAAGACGGCGGAGAUAUUGGAAAGUGUUCAAGCUGCUGUCAACGGCGACCCGUCUGUCAGUGGGAGGCCGGAUUCAGCGCAGGGGCGUAAACACAGUUUCGGCGCAAAGUCAACAACGCUUGUGAAGAAACCGUUCUUCCACCAGCUCUUGUCUCCACCCAAGAUCCAUCUUCCGAAAGCGCUCAUAUACGUCCGCCUGUUCAUCCUUCCCAUCACUUCCGCCGUCCAGCGUCACCACGAACGGAACCCGCCAAAGACCGUCUUUGGUCGCUCUACGAUGCUCAAAAACAUCACCGACGUGCGAAAGCUUGUGACAGGCCUGACAAGGCUUUUGGGUGCGAAGGGUGUGGUGAUUGGAAGAUUGAGAAAACGAGCGAGGAACGAAGACAAUAACGUCGAGGCUUAUAUCGGCGAUGUGGAGGACCACAUUCUGCUUUUACAGACGAGUCUGUUGCAUUACGAAUACAUCUUAUCCCACUGUCAACCUGCCUAUCUCUCUCAUUUGAGGAUCUCUCUUGCCUUUACGCGAGGCAGGAUAUCUCAAUCCAUUUUGGCGCUGUCCACUGUCGCCAUCUCCGUCCUUCCCAUGCAGUUCAUCACGAGUCUGUUCUCCAUCAACGUCAACACCCCUCACAAUGGCGACAACGAAUCCGACACACUCAAGGAACCAGACGGCUCGAUGUCCCCCUUCAACUACUUUGGCUGUAUAGUCGUCGCCAUCUUUCUUGUUGCUUGUGCCAUGGUGACGAUCAUUCGAUACUGGAGGUGGUUGGCGAGGAAGAAGAAUGGAAGGGAGAGGGGUGUGGCGGUACCAGAGUUUUGGGAUGGGUACUGGGGAUGGGCGUGA